AUCCCCUAGCCCGGAUGCGCCGCCAUGCCGACUCUGUCUACUCACGACACAAGCAUUUAUUCACCUACCUGCCUGACAGUAUAAUCGAGAAUUGACCGAGGACGUAGUUAGGAACGUGUGAUGUGCACUGGAGCCCGCACUACAUGCAGACCAGUGCACUACACCUUCGCUGUUUGUUAUUACAUUAUUAAUAAUAUUUAUAUUAGCCGCGUGUUAGCAUCGAUGUGGUUCCACUUGUAUGCUAGUUAGCUGGUUAGCGGCUAACGUUAGCUGAGCCAGUGACAGUCCGGCAGGGGGGAGGUGGGGAGAACUGCGAGAUCCAGUCAAAGUUUCCAUGUCUGAAUUGACUCCUGAGAUCAACUGCAAUGUCUGUUGACGAAGACACCGUAAAAAACAUUAGUCCUCAGGCUAGCUCAGCCUCAUCUCCGCAGCUUUUAGAAUGUUCUGGAAGUUGCAGCGAAACGUCAUUUUUAGUGGAAGGUGCAGCUGAGAUCACCUCAGACUUGCCUGGUUCUUGUCCAGUUCCUGGCACUGCCACCUCACCAAAACACACCAACACAGUGGACACUCUGAGUCACUCACACAGCAAUAGGCCUAGAUCUAAAGGAUACGAAGUCGGCAGCAUCAAUCGCAGGAACAGCUUCCAACAUGCGAAACAGCAUCAACAAAUGCGAGUGGCAAAACGCCGUAACACUUCAAACUUCAGUUUCAAGCACCCAACCUCUGGUAAAAGGAGACGACGGGCAAAUUCAGACAGUGACUCCGUCCUGCCCACUAACUUCCUUCUAGGUGGGAACAUUUUUGACCCACUAAAUCUCAACAGCUUGCAGGAUGAAGAGGUCAACAGGGCGCUCAACGCAGAGACCCCAAAAUCAUCCCCAUUGCCAGCAAAGAGUCGAGAUCCUGUGGAGAUCCUUAUCCCCAGGGACAUCACAGAUCCUCUCAAUCUCAAUAGCUGCAUAGCAGAUAGCAGCUUUUUGGUGUCCCCCUUCAAAAGCAGCGGAAGGAGGAGGCAUCGCAACAGACAUCAUGGUGGCAGCAUUUCAACCCAAUUAAACGUUUCAGAAUCUGGGAAAAAUGAGGUUAAAACUGAAGGCUCUGUGUCAUUUCCUAGUACAGCUGCACGUUCUAAUCUAGAAGUUUCGAAAGCAUCAGACAGAGUCUCCGGUGGUGAGGGGGAUUCACGGGAUCACUCUGCAGAUGACUCUUCUGUUUUCAAGGAGGAGGCGAUGUCCAUGUCUGUGGAGGAUUCUACAUCUUCCUCUAUUGGAGGUGCUAUCCAACACAUAAGCAGGCGCAAGCGCAGGCGCAACUCUGGCAAGAUGGACCCCCCUGUGAGUCAGUCCACCCCUGUAGCCAAAACUGUAUCUGGUGAGCAAAAUCAUCAUCCUGGGGGAUCCAAAAAUUCCUUUCACACGCCCAGGAAUGGAUCCAAAUAUGCUCCAGGAGGUCGCCAGCACCAGCAGCCCCACAACCAGGCAAGGGACCAACAGAAGAAAAAGUUCCAGUAUGGGAACUACAAUAAAUAUUAUGGUUACCGGAACCCAAGCGCAAGUGAAGACCCGCGUAUACAUGUCUUUCGUCCAGAGUGGUUUGAAGGUAAACGUGUCCUCGAUUUAGGCUGCAACUCGGGCCACCUUACGCUCUAUAUUGCCAAAAUGCUUCAGCCCGCCUGCAUAUUGGGUUUGGACAUUGACAAUGGGCUGGUGCACGCCGCUCGCAAGAACAUAAGGCAUUACCUCUCUGAGGUGCAGACGAAAGAAGCCAGGCGGGCAAUACGGGAGGAGGGGUGGCACACCAAGGGCAGGGAAAAUGGCAAUACACUGAAAGGGGAGAGUAGCCACACAGAGGCUGCGAAUGACAAGGACUCUUGUGGGACAGAUCAAAUCAAGACUGAGAUGCAAGAUGGCAAAACGGAAGAAAUGAAGCCAGAAGGCUGCAAUCAGGCUGGGAGCUGCUCUUUCCCUCUGUCCCUGCAGAUCUCCCGGGGGCCCAUUGCUGCACCGCCUCUUACGGAAUCAUCCUCUACAAAACCAGGGGAGUUCCCCGCCAAUGUGUCUUUCAUCCGGGCCAAUUAUGUCCUGCAGAAUGAUAUGUUGCUUAUGACUCAGCGGCCUGAGUACGACGUGAUCCUGUGUUUGAGCGUCACCAAAUGGGUUCACCUGAACUGGGGGGACAGCGGCCUCAAGCGGCUCUUCAAGAGAGUCUACAGACAUCUUCAUCCUGGAGGGCUCUUUAUCCUGGAGCCACAGCCGUGGCAAUCCUACGUCAAGAGGAAGAAGCUGACUGAUAACAUCAACAGAAAUUUUCACAACAUUCGCCUCAAGCCAGAUCAGUUUUCAUCCUAUCUCACUAAUGAAGUGGGCUUUACAAGUUGCGAGUUCCUCGGAACCCCCAAGAAUUUAACAAGAGGUUUCCAGAGGCCUAUCUACUUGUUUCGCAAAUGACCGCUUCUGCCUUGUGAGGAUAGUGAAUGUGAGUUACCACACAACCAGCUGUUGGACUGUUCCAUCAGCUGCUCAGACUCUUGACAAGGGACUUUCUUUAAGAAGGGGACCAAAUGCAAGAUACAUUUUUUUGUGACGGAAAAAUGACUCUUCAGUCACGGCGGCAAAGGACCUCGUCAUGGACUUAUCUAUUUGCAAACGAUACAUGUGAUGCAUGGCUGUGUCGUGCGUUUGGAUACCUUGGGCUAUAUAUGUCUUUUGUAUUAAUACUGUGUUGCAUACCACCACGAUGACACGUGCAGCAGGUCUCGGUGCUCAUGCAGAAUUUUCUGUUACUACCUUUAAAAAGCACUUUUAUUCUCCUCCAUGAGCUCAGUGGGGCCCAACUUGAGCUAGUGAUUCAUUCCAAAGGUAUUACACCAAUCAUAGUAGCAAGUUGUGGCCUUUCUGUUGGAUAAAACGGUUAUGUUGUCAGUGAAAUUCUGCUCUUAGUCCAUCAGCCUAGAUGUUUUUUGAUUGCUGCCAACUUGCAGCCUUGAUGUUGGAGUUUUGGCACACAGUUUCAGAAUGAGGCCCUGGAGAUGAAUAAAUGUGAUUCAGUCAAAGCACGCAUAAUCUAAAACAGGACCUGUACAUAGUACAGUAUAUAUUAUAAAGGUUGGAUUCCGAUCAAGCAAAACAUGGUCAAUUAGCAACCAAUAAACAAACCCCAGUCCACAGUUGGCAUCCUCUUUGAAAUCUUUCUUUAGACAACGGGGCUUCGUUUUCCAUCCCAUGCGGCUUUCAAAAUUGCUCUCUUAUUUUUCACUAUAGACGAUUUGGACGCAGCAAAAUAUCGUCGUCACAUGGCUUUAUUUGGCUGUUGUGAUACUCGACCCGAAUGGCAGAGGGCAGAUUUGAGCCACGAUGACAUGACUCUACUUGGCAAGGUGCAUCUCCACCACGCUUCUAUCAGUUGUAAACGUGCUGAUGAUAAUCGUAUCCAUGUUGAGCUCAUGAUUGUAGAAUUGAAGCAGCAAAGGACCCAUGGCAGAGUUACUGCAGCAUCUUGAACACAAUUUAAAUCCAAUAUCUGCCAAUUACGCACAAUUUAAAAGCAAACGAAUGCACUCUAAAGUGAUGGCUAAACCACAAGACCAUACCAUGCCUUGUUUUAAGAAAACCAUUUGUACAGUAAUCUGCUGUUUAAGGCGCUGCCAAAUGUUUUAUGGGUCUUUUGCACUUGAACUGUUUAGUACUAGCAGUUGUCAUUUACAGGCAGUCAGUGUUGAUUGUACCUGCAUUUGGUGUGCACAAGCACUGCUUUUCUUUCAUUCACUGCAGACCGGCACAUUUAUUCCAAGAUGAUAAUUGAUAUGUAUGUUUAUGUUCAUAAGUGAUCAAUGUACAUAACUGGGAUUUUGUUUUAUUCUUAUUUUGAAGUUCUUUGCUAAUUUUAUUUGUUUUUAGUUGAUUUGUGUUUGCCUUUGUGAGUCUGAGGUGUCUUUUUUUUUUUUUUUUUUUUUUUUUUUGGGUGGUCCUAAACAGGAUCAGUAAAAAAGCUGAUGGAUAAUGCAAAAGUUGCAGUUGUUGUGUGACUCUACUCCUGGAAGGCACAUGAAAUCACCCCCCUCCCCGAAUACAAGGAGUUGGUGUCAAUUUUUUUUAUUUUGUAUUUUUUGGGUCUUCAUUUAACAUCCUUUGUACCUUCCAGGUUUCCCCCCAAAUUCAAAGACACUGGCAUCAUUUUUUUAGUUUACAGUGACAGUUUUUUUUUUUUAAUUUCAAUAUCCAGGUUACAUUUGAAAUUUAAUUGGCCUCAACAUAGAAACAUCUUUCUCCUAAACUAAGACAAUCGGAUUCUCAGGCAUAUAUCAGCCCAAGGGCCAAUUUCUUUGCUUCAUUACUCCCCUCCCCCCUGCAAAGCAUGUUUUUUUUUUGCUCAUAAUUCUUAAAUGUCCUGAAGUGUUUUGCCCGAUUGUAGCUAACUGUCUUAGCAGUGGUGUCCUAACCUUCUAAAGUGUCACAACCCAGUAUCCAAGUUAAGGCGUCUUUGCUGCACGUAGUGUGACAUGAAAUAUAGAACACAGUUAAAAAAAAAAAAACAUCCACACUCCUCUUGAGGUCUUUUAGAUGUCAUGUUCCAUUUAUAGCAGUAAAGGGUAAAUAAAUGGUACACAUUUUGAUACAUAAUAGCCCUUGAAGUUCUAUUUUUAGAUAACAAUAUGAUGAUAGGGAAAUUUAAACUGGAUUUAAAAAAAAAAAAAAGUCUCCGGUCACACAACAGAUACAUUAACUCAAGGGUUGUAUGAUUUUUAGCUGCACUAUAUUUCAUGUUGAAUUUGCACUGAUGACUUGAGGGAAUAAAGUACAUUUCUGCAGGAGAGCGUUGUGUUUCCCAUGAACUUUGUUUGUUUUUAUUCAGGGUUUAGAGGCUGUUCUCAGAAUCUAAUUUUCUUUUCUGUCAGGAAAAAGUAUUUUCAUGCCUCUGAGCUAAGAAAUAUACUAUCUGAAUGUUUCUCUGUGGUAAACAUUUGAAAUGAUUAAAAAUGGUU